AUGCCGUACCUAGACCACUGUGGCUCAACUCUCCCGUCCAAACAGCAGAUGGAAGAGAUUUUCAAACUUCAAAUGCAAUUGACACUCGCUAAUCCUCAUUCUCAUCAUACAACUGCACUCAAAACACAGCAAAUAGUAAAUUCGGCAAGAUUGCGGUAAGGUUUUUGCAUAAAGAUUGAAUAAAAAGUGAUACAUUUCUAGGAUUCUGCGUCAUUUUAACACCACAUCUGACGACUAUUUCGUAGUUUUUACGAAUAACACAACACAUGCGUUGAAAAUUGUGGCCGAGAAUUUUCGUUUUGGCAGGCGGGACCAGCCAAUCAGUACAGUAUCCGAAAUAUCUUCCACGUUGCUUGAAGGCCCAGGCCAGUUUGCAUAUCUUCAUGAUUCUCAUCAUUCGGUUGUUGGCUUGAGACAUGUGGUCAGAGAAAAAGUGAUUGAAUGGAAAAAGAAAGGAAACAUGAAAAACGUUCAGGUGAACGCAAUAAGUUGCGUUGAUGAAGUUGAUAAUUGGGAUGAAGAAGCGCCAGUUGUCAGUGACAGUUUGUUUGCAUUGACAGCGAUGAGCAAUUUCUGUGGAAGAAAGUAUGAUUUGAAGACGAUUGAUAUUUUGCAGAACAAAGGUAUCGUUGUCGAAAAACUUGAAUGACGCUCCGUGAUCCAAGAAAGGAAACAUUUCAGGUUGGUCGGUGAUGCUCGACGCGGCGAGUCUAGUCUCCACCUCACCGUUAGAUUUGUCAGCGCACCGUCCCAACUACUUUGCCUUUUCAUUCUAUAAAAUAUUUGGAUACCCAACAGGUCUUGGUGCUUUACUCAUCAGAAAAGGUAACCACACAGCGUUAUAAUUCUUAUUCGAUCUUUGAAACUUUCAGAUUCGGCGAAUAAAAUCAAGAAGAAUUCAUUUGCCGGUGGAACUGUUCAAAGUGUUGAUGAAAUGGAUUUUCAUUUUAUUUUGAGAGAUUACGAGAGAGCCUACGAGGAGGGCACUUUGAAUUAUUAUGCCAUCGCACAACUUCAGAAAGGUUUCGAAGAACUUGAACGAUGUGGUAUGACACUGUAGAUGACAAAACCUAGUAAUAAUACUAUUCAGGCGGAAUGCAGUCAAUUCGGGAAAAAACUCACAGUCUUGCAAACAGAGCGUUCAACAUGCUGAAAGCUAAAAAGCAUCCAAAUGGAAGGUCUGUCGUCACACUAUAUUCUCAGUCGGCAGAGUUUGAGUCACUGGACAAGCAAGGCGCAAUAGUUGCAUUCAAUUUGAGAAGACUCGAUGGAGGCUAUUACGGUUACACCGAGGUUGAGAAAAUGUGCUCAAUCUUUGGAUUGGAGCUGCGCACCGGAUGUUUUUGUAACAUUGGAGCUUGCAAAAAGUACUUGGGCAUUACAUCGCAGAUGAUAAAGGAGAAUAUGAGUGUGAGUGCUUUCUAAUAAAAAUUUCAAACUCACGUUUACCAAACUUGUUACAAACUGAUUUUUCAGAAAGGAAAACGAUGUGGCGAUGAGAUUGACUUGAUAAAAGGGAAACCAACGGGAGCUGUGAGAAUCUCUUUUGGUAGAACUUCAACAGAAGAUGACAUCACAGCUCUUGAACAAAUGAUUGACACAUGUUUUGUUGGAGGUGAUUCUGUUGUUGUUACUAAAUCAGUGCACUUGAAGUUGGAGUCCUAUUCUCCUUAUGUGGUGAAUUUGUUCAGUUUUCCUAUAAAAAGUGUUGGGUCAAUAGGCAGAGACAGGUAAGUUAGAUUCACUUCAACCUUUCAUCACAUUCUGUUUUCCAGAUACACCUUGGACAUGAGAGGUUUCAAACACGAUCGUGAAUACAUGAUAGUUCAAGAUGACGUGACGCUCAAUUUGAAAAUGCAUCCGGUGUUAUGCCGUCUGACCGCUUCUGUAGUUGACGGCACGUUACAAAUUCAAACUUUUGACAGCAAUGAGAAUCUGCUGGUGCCAAUGAGCGUCACUCUGAAGGAUAACGACGCGAAAGUAGUGUGCAAGAACACGUAAAUAUAUAAUGUGUCUAGUAUUCUGGUCAUGUGCAACGUUCAGAAUAGCAACUCAAGAUUGUGGAGAUGAGAUUGGAAAAUGGAUCGACGAAGCUUUGGAUUUAUCAAACUGCCGUUUACUUCGAGUUUCUAAAGAGUCUUCUCGAAGUUUUGUGAACGAUUCCCCAUUUCUACUAAUCAAUGAAGCGAGUGUGUACAUGCUAUCAAAAUAUAUUAGUACGUGUACAAGUCUUACCGAAUAAUUUCGUUAUUUUUCAGACAUGAAUGUUGACGACAUUCUGCAAAGAUUCCGAUCAAACAUUGUUGUCCGUGGCCUCCCACCAUUCAUUGAGGACACCGCCACAAGUUUGACAAUUGACGAUCUUUCCUUUGAGGUUAUUAGACACCAAGAUCUUGGAAUUGAGGAUCAGGAUGUCGACUAAUACUGCUAAUUAUGUUUGUUCCGGUUUAGGUGGUCGACAAAUGCAUCCGAUGUGAAAUGAUAUGCGUAGAUCCGAUGACAGGCGAGAAGGAUCCGUCUUUAUUGCUCGCACUCCGAAAUUACAGGAACAAACAAAAAGUGUUUUUUCCAGGUUGCACUUUGUACCUUAAACUUUGAUUAUUUUCAGAUGACAUUUGGCAUUUACAUUCGACAAACCAACUUCAAAGAUGGUCAGGUUUUGCAAUCAGGAAUGUCAGUCAACUUCUUCGAAUAA